AUGAGUGCUUGCAACGCACAACAAAUUGACAAAAACAACGACGGAUACAUUGAAUUAAAGGAAUUGAAAGAUGCUCUCGAUCUCGUCGGUUUCAAAUUGCCCGGCUAUGAAGUUCGCAAAAUGAUAUCCGAGUAUACAAACAAACAACGAUCGAGCAAUCCCGGAAAGCUAUCCUACGAAGAGUUCGAAACGCUCUGUUUCGAUCUGAAAGCAAAGGAUGUGGCGAGCAUGUUCAAAAUGGUUGUGUCGAAAAAAGAAAACCUUGAGACAAUUGGCAUGUCAAGUCAAUCGGCAGACGGCACAACACAUUCGGUGGGAAUGGAAGAACAGCUGGCCUUUUCCGAUUGGAUCAACUCAAAUAUCGGCCAUGACGUUGACCUAAGUCAUUUGUUACCCAUUGACGGCGAAGGACGCGAAUUGUAUGCUAAAAUCAAAGAUGGAAUAUUACUGUGUAAAAUCAUCAACCAUUCCUGUCCGGACACGAUCGACGAACGAGCUAUAAAUAAGAAAAAUUUAACGGUCUACCGUGAAUUUGAGAAUUUGACAUUAGCUCUAGUAUCGUCACAAGCCAUCGGAUGUAAUAUAGUCAACUUUGAUGCACACGAUCUAGCCAAAGGGAAACCGCAUUUGGUGUUGGGACUACUAUGGCAAAUUAUUCGAAUCGGUCUCUUCAGUCAUAUCACGCUGGAUAGUUGCCCCGGUCUGUCCACAUUGUUAUUUGAUGGUGAACGGUUGGAGGAUUUGAUGAAAUUGUCGCCGGAAGCGAUAUUACUGCGAUGGGUAAACCAUCACUUGGCAAACGCUGGCAUUUCCCGAAGGUGUACAAACUUCCAGAGCGAUAUUGUCGAUUCUGAAGUGUAUUCGCACUUGUUGAAACAGAUUGCACCGAACAAAGCGGGAGUAUCACUGGAAGCAUUGAGGGAACGUGAUAUGACUGAACGUGCGGAAAUAAUGCUGCAACAAGCUGGCAAAUUGAAUUGCAGAAGUUUUCUGACUCCCCAAGAUGUGGUCAAUGGUGUCUGCAAAUUGAAUUUGGCCUUCGUCGCGAAUCUGUUUAACAAUCAUCCCGGCCUUAACAAGCCGGACCAAAUCGAGGGCUUAGAGGCGAACGACGAUGUCGGUACGACUAAUGACCUUCUACAGAAACACAAAAGCUUGUUAAACGAGAUCAAGCAAUCUUUCUCUAACGGAAAGGACAUGUGCACGAAAGAAAUUAUUGGUCCAUCGUUGAAUGAAGACCCAAACAAUAUUCUUCUGGGCAUGACCAAAAUUUGUUGCGAGCUGAUCCGCGACAAAAAGUUGGAACAGAGCGACGUGCUGUGGCACGAAAUCAAAGGGCUAGAAUUCGAAAAAUUCGCAAACAAGGAGACUAUGGCGAAAGCUUAUCGGAUCUAUUCAAGGGCCAAUUUUGAUGUUGGAAGAUUUCUGAUAGCGGAAUCCAGUUUACGAAUCUCAUGCCGAUUCCACAAAAAAGUCGACAGUCUAGCGGAACUAGAGAUGUUAAAAGAAAUUAAUUCCGAUCUAUUAAAACGAAGGCAAUUGGCUGACACGCACGCUCAACCGCUACUUCCUGGAGUAUCAGCAUUUUUGCCGGGACGUCAAAGGGGCAGAUAAGCAGGAAUAUUCACAUCAUAUGGCGAUGUUACAUAUACUUCCAUGAUGGUGGAGUGUCCUGCAUUGUGAUAAUGUUAAAUUAACUUAAGAGGCACCGGUACUUUGCCGAAAAGC